AAUUGCUAUCAUUUUGACUCUUUCUUUUACCUCUUCAUCUUUGGUCAGCGUAAACAUCACCUUGGUCUCUUCUCCCUUUCUCUCUCUUCUCUAAUCCUCUAUAUAUAUACACAAACAAGAACCCCUUUUGGCUUAGACUCUAUUGCCUCAACAUUUAGAAGUAAUCCCAAAAAAAGAGCUUGAGAAAUAAAGAAAGAUAGCAUAAUUUUGUUUCAAACUUGAAGCAUAAUUUUGUUUCAAACUUGAACUCAUCAAAAAGAGAUCAUUUCUUCCUUGAAAAUAAAAUGGGAAGGCCACCUUGUUGUGAUAAAAUUGGUGUGAAGAAAGGACCAUGGACACCAGAAGAAGAUAUCAUUUUAGUUUCAUAUAUUCAAGAACAUGGUCCUGGAAAUUGGAGAGCUGUUCCUACUAAUACUGGAUUGCUUAGAUGCAGCAAGAGCUGUAGGCUUAGAUGGACAAACUAUCUCCGUCCAGGCAUCAAACGUGGCAACUUUACCGAGCAUGAAGAGAGGAUGAUUAUUCACCUCCAAGCUCUUCUUGGCAAUAGAUGGGCAGCCAUAGCUUCAUACCUUCCACAAAGAACGGACAAUGACAUAAAGAAUUACUGGAAUACUCAUUUGCAAAAGAAGCUCCAGAAGCUUCAAGGUCAUGAUGAUGAGAAUAGUCAAAAGGGAAAAUCAUCAUCAUCAAUCUCAAAGGGACAGUGGGAAAGGAGACUUCAAACAGACAUCCACACAGCUAAACAAGCUCUUUCUGAUGCUUUGUCCCUUACUGACAAAAAAAACAUUUCUCCUACUACUCCUCUUCCUAUCCAAACAUCUACUUAUGCAUCUAGCGCUGAUAACAUCUCUCGAUUGCUUAAAAAUUGGAUGAAAAAUUCCCCUCAAUUAUCAUCUCAAAGCAUUUCUAACUCAACCACCACCAGCCAGAGCUCUUACAACAAUUUAUUAAUCGGGACAGGUUCGAGUUCUAGUCCUAGUGAAGGGACCAUGAAUGCACCAACACCGGAGGGGUUAGACUCUCUCUUUAGCUUCAAUUCAUCCUAUAAUUCUGAUGUUUGUCAGUCUAUGUUGGCGGACGAUGUUGUUGCUUUCACACCUGAUCAGGAUGCUGGAAUUUUCCAAGUUGAAAAUAAUAAACACAAUUUGCCAAAUUUCAAGAAUGAAAAUGGAUUUUUCCAAAAAGGGAGCAAGCAAAAUUUGGAGACGGAAGUACCCUUAACUUUGCUGGAAAACUGGCUCUUUGAUGAUUCUAAUGCUCAAACACAGGAAGAACUAAUGGGAAUCCUGGAUUGGCCAUAACUGUGAACUGCUGAUUUGUUUUGAGGAAAUAAAGAAGGAUAUAUUUCUUCAAAACAACUGGGCAGUUUUGGCUUCUUUUUGCUAUUUUGAAGUUGUUACUUCCUGUUAGGCUGUAUAGGCUCUAGUUACUUUGUAGCUUAAGCAGAAACUUGUUAGAAGAGAAAACAAGUGUAACUAUAUGAAAUUUCAAAUCAGCAUAUAUAUGUAUUAGAUAGAAAUAAUGAAAUUAGCACUCCCUAUAUAUACGCGAUUCAUCGACCUAGAAAAGGCUUACGACAAAGUUCCAAGAGAGAUCCUAUGGAGAUGCUUGGAGGCUAAAGGUGUACCUGUGACGUACAUUAGGGUGAUCAAGGACAUGUAUGAGGGAGCCAAAACCAGGGUAAGGACAGUAGGAGGAGACUCAGAGCACUUUCCAGUUGUGAUGGGGUUGCAUCAAGGAUCAGCUCUUAGUCUGUUUUUAUAUGCCUUGGUGAUGGAUGGAUUGACACGGCAAAUUCAAGGUAAGGUGCCAUGGUGUAUGCUUUUCGCGGAUGACACAGUCCUGAUCGACGAGACUCGUAGCGGAGUUAACGCUAAGCUGGAGGAUUGGAGACAAACUCUGGAGUCUAAAGGGUUUAAGCUGAGUAGGACCAAGACAGAGUACUUAGAGUGUAAGUUUAGUGAAGCACCUCAAGAGGCUGGCUUGGAAGUGAGGCUUGGUACCCAAGCCAUCCAGAAGAAAAGUAGUUUCAAGUAUCUUGGGUCUAUUAUGCAAGGCAGCGGGGAGAUUGACGAUCAUGUCACACAUCAUAUUGGGGCAGGGUGGAUGAAAUGAAGGCUUGCUUCCGGAGUGAUAUGUGACAAGAAGGUGCCACCACAACUUAAGGGAAAGUUCUACAAAGUGGUGGUUAGACCGACUAUGUUGUAUGGGGCGGAGUGUUGGCCAGUUAAGAUUUCUCAUGUUCAAAAGAUGAAAGUUGCUGAGAUGAGAAUGUUGAGAUGGAUGUGUGGCCACACCAGGAGUGACAGGAUUAGGAAUGAGGAUAUUCGGGACAAGGUGGGAGUGGCCUCGGUGGAAGACAAGAUGCGAGAAGCGAGAUUGAGAUGGUUUGGGCAUGUGAAGAGGAGAGACACAGAUGUCCCAGUGCGGAGGUGUGAGAGGUUGGGCAUGGAUGGUUUCAGACGAGGUAGGGGUAGGCCAAAGAAGUAUUGGGGAGAGGUAAUUAGACACGACAUGGCGCAGUUACAGCUUACCGAGGACAUGACCUUAGAUAAGAGGGUUUGGAGGACCCACAUUAGGGUAGAAGACUAGUAGAUAGUCUCAUUAUCCUGUCUUAUUAGUAGUCGCAUUAUCGUAGUAUAAUUUCUUGUUCUCUGAUUUAUGCUAUUAUCUGUUAUUUCAUGUGCUUUGAUUAUUCUAUGUUA